CCGGACACUGAGGUCCAGCACCGAGGGCCUUCUGGCGGUUCCCUCGUUGCGAGAAGCCAAGUUGCAGGGAACCAGGCAGAGGGCCUUCUCGGUGGUGGCGCCUGCCCUGUAGAACGCCCUCCCAACAGAUGUCAAAGAGGAAAACAACUACCAGACUUUUAGGAGACUCCCUGGUGCUCGAGUUCCCACUCUGCUGAUCCCUGCUGGUCUCUUCUUCCCCCAAAAGGGGUGUUCGCUUGGCCACUGUAGGAAGAAGAAGCUGGACUAGAAGCCACAUUGGCCAGAUCAGCAGGUCUCUUCUAACAUUUUGUUGUUGUUGUUUAUUCUUUUAGCCAUGUCCGACUCUUCGUGACCCCCUGGACCAGAGCACGCCAGGCACUCCUGUCUUGCACUGCCUCCCGCAGUUUGGUCAAACUCAUGUUGGUAGCUUCGAGAACACUGUCCAACCAUCUCGUCCUCUGUCGCCCCCUUCUCCUUGUGCCCUCCAUCUUUCCCAACAUCAGGGUCUUUUCCAGGGAGUCUUCUCUUCUCAUGAGGUGGCCAAAGUAUUGGAGCCUCGGCUUCAGGAUCUGUCCUUCCAGUGAGCACUCAGGGCUGAUUUCCUUCAGAAUGGAUAGGUUUGAUCUUCUUGCAGUCCAUGGGACUCUCAAGAGUCUCCUCCAGCACCAUAAUUCAGAAGCAUCAAUUCUUCGGCGAUCAGCCUUCUUUAUGGUCCAGCUCUCACUUCCAUACAUCGCUACUGGGAAAACCAUAGCUUUAACUAUACGGACCUUUGUAGGCAAGGUGAUGUCUCUGCUUUUUAAGAUGCUUCUAACAUUUACAAUGCCCCUUUCCGAGUCGACCGCCUGUGAUCGCUGCGUCCUUCCGCUUUCUCAUUUCUAACCUCAUUCUACCACCUUCUCGAGCGUUUUGGUUACAAAGGAGGCUGAGCAUAGGCGCUGAAAGGAGAGAUGUGGUGAGCUGGAUGGAACACCAGCUCUUCCAGCCAGCAGCUUUGGGUGCCCUCAAGGCCUGUGAGCUGAGCUUUGUGCUGCGCUGGGGGCCCAGGUGCAAUGCUCUGUGGUGACUGGGAGGAAAGGAGGCGACGACGGUUCAGUUCCUGCUCUCGCCUUUGCGUUUGACAGUCUGGUAGAGACAGGGAGGGACAGCUCAUCCUCUCUUUGAAAGCAGAGAGACAGCGGUGGAGCAGAGGACCCAGCCAUUGGCCUUCGAGGGACGCUGGCCGAGCAUGAAAUUUGCUGCUUUGAUAACAGCCUGUCUGCGGAUCCUCCUUUGGAGCUCAGUUCAUGCAGGGACCCCACCUGCAGCAAUUCUUUCCUUGGACCCCCAGCACCACAUCUACAUCAGAGAUGAAAAAGUUAUUCUCACUUGUUUGGCUCCAGAUAGUCUGAAGGUGGCAGGAUACACGUUCUUCAAACAACAGCAAGAUCAGACCUUGAAGGAGUUGCCCAAUAGUAGGAUGGGGCCUUAUGAGAUGUUCCGUGUCAAUGAAGGUACUGUUGGGAGUUACAGCUGUGUGUACUGGAUCAUGCUCUCAAGACGGGAAAUCUUUUCUCCACACAGCAACCUUGUCUUUGUAGCCAUGGCAGAUCCCCCUCCUUUUCCGGUGCUGAAAGUGGAUCCUCCGUCUGGAGUGGUGAACGAAGGGGGCUCCCUGCGCCUCACUUGCUUGGCCGAUGGGACCACAACUGAGAAGAGAUUCCAUUUCUUCAAGGAUGGAGCUGAGAUGGCCACGAGUAAUGAAGGAUCCAGAGAACCUGCAAAUACCUCCCCCAACGCCUCAGUGAGCAUCUUACAAGCCAAGGUCAAACACAGUGGAGAAUUUGCUUGCAGUUAUGAGGAAGAAAUUGGUGGCCGAUGGAUUAUGUCUCAAUGGAGCAAGACGGGGAAAGUCGUGGUGUAUCUCCCAGAUCAAGGACCAUAUUCAUCGGCACCAUCAUCACCCACACCAAAUCCAACCCCGUCACUGGGUUAUUUGCGCUCGGCUCCUACAUUCCUGAUUCUGAUGGUCCCGCUCGCUUUCUGUUGAAGGAGAAAGAGGAGUGCUAGAUAACGUUGGGGUUUUCGGGUGUCCCCUUUCGUUCUGCGCAUGACCUGGAAGGUGGUUUCCGAGAUAAAGCAGGGACAGUUUCCAGGACGGGCCCAAAGUCUAUGUCAGCCCUAUCUAUCAUUUGGGGGGGCGGGGGGGGUGUUCCAGAGGAAGGCCUUCUCCAUUCUGGCGCCUGCCAUGGGGG